AUGUCCUCUGGUACCUUCGGCACCGCUUCUCAGAGCCGGACGUACGGCGAGGACUCGCUGAGUCAGGCUGGCGGCAGCCCGGGCCCUGGUGCUGCCUGUGAGCUGGAGGGAGAGCCCUCUGGCUUCAGAAACCCUGAUGCCGCGAAGCGAGGGGGCCGGGAGCGGCCUCCGGGCUGCCGGCUGUCCUCGGAGCGACGCCCUGGUCUCUUCCUGCUGCCCGCGUCCCUGGCGCUGGAGGUGUCGGUGGGGAAGGCUGCCACCAUCUACGCCGUCAACGGCACGGAGGUCCUGCUGCCCUGCACCUUCUCCAGCUGCUUCGGCUUCCACAACCUGGCCUUCUCCUGGUCCUACAACAGCAGCGACGCCUUCCGGGUCCUCAUAAGCGGGACUGUGAAGAACGAGAAGUCGGACCCCAGGCUGCACCUGAGGAACGACGACCGCAUCACGCUGGAGGGCUCCACCAAGGAGAAGAUGAACAACCUGUCCAUCCUGCUGCGGGACCUGGACUUCGGCGACACCGGCCGCUACACCUGCCACGUGCGGAACCCCAAGGAGAAGGACCUGUGACCCCACGCCCCUGUCUGCCCCCCCCCCGCCCCCCCGGCAGUGGAGGAAGUGGACAACACGCUGACACUCAUCAUCCUGUCGGUGGUGGGCGGCGUCGUUGGGCUCGUGGUCCUUAUCCUGCUGAUCAAGAAGCUAGUCACCUUCAUCCUCAAGAAGACCCAGGAAAAGAAGAAGGAAUGCCUUGUGAGCUCCUCAGGGAAUGACAACACGGAGAACGGGCUGCAGGGCUCCAAGGCCGAAGAGAAGGCGCCCAGCAAGGCGUGAGCCUGGGGGCCACAGCCCAGGGCACCCGUGAGGGUGACUCGCAGGCCUGUGGCCGCCUGACACUGCUGCUUGGCUCAAACCCUAGUUUUCCUGUGGGAGCCGGGUCCUGUCCGGCCUGCCGCCCAGAGAAGGGGUGGGGUGCGGGGG